AUGAUAAUGGACCCUUGGAAUGUCAAGUUCUUAGCUCAGCUGAUGGGGUUCCUGAUCAAUUUUAUAAGCUCCGUGUUCUGUGGCCACCGGGGAAAGCUGGAACUGGAUGCUGUCACACUUGCAGUCGCAGUUAUCAAUGUCACUGGCAUCUCUGUGGGAUUUGGCUUAUCUUCUGCUUGUGACACCCUCAUGUCUCAGGUAAAUGGAAGCCCCAGGUCACCCUCACGAGACAUCAUCACUCUCGUGGCUUGAGUGUUUUCGAUAUACACUGUUUCCCAUCUUUUUGAAAGUCUGGCUUGCAUUCUGAGGGUAAGUGGGAACCAAAAAGUAGGAGCUGUCUUUAACGCCAUUGGGUACUAUGUGAUUGAUCUCCCCAUUGGGAUUUCACUGAAGUUUACAACCAGAUUGGGAGUGAUCAAUCUGUGGGCAGGGAUUAUCCUCUGCACAAUCUGUCAAGCUGUGUGUUUUCUAGGCUUUAUUGCUCAGCUGAAUUGGGAAGGAGCCUGUCAACAGGCUCAGGUACAUGCCAGUUUGAUAUGGAACAUAGCCCUGGAUGGGACUCCUCCCUCUCAGGGCUUCCUUUGCCUAGUGGGUCCUGAGAGCCAUGAAGAAAGUUUAAUGACAGAUGUUGAAAAAGAAGAUGAGACCCAGUUGGAUCAGCAGAUGCACCAAGAAGAACAUCUUCGGAUCUAUCCAAAAAACAUGAAGAAGUUGACUGGGAGACAGUUGGUGCUGUGGCGAUGAGGGCUUGUGCUUCUUGGGGCCAUUUUAGUCUUGCUGGUGGGGAUUUUAGUGAGAGUAUGUGUUAGAACUUAGUGAUGUGGCAAGAGAGAAGGAGUCUGAUCAAGUGAUACUUUUGAGCCCACAAGCAAAUAAUUCUUAGGCCCAAAGAUGGGAAUUUGUUUUCAGUGAAGGUCAUUCAACUAUGCCCAUGAAUUUCAGGAACUGAGAGUUCAAAGAUAUGUUUUCUAAUGAAGAAAAUGAACUAAGAUACAAAACUAUGUUCUAGUCCAAGACAAUGUCUCUAAGAUUGCAUUAGAGUAGUAAUUCAUCCACCACUGUCUGAACCAAGGGCCAUUGUGUGCUCACUACCUUCAUUUAUGGCUUCGAUGUUCUCCUUGCUGGUUUUUUUUUUUUUAGAUAGAAAUCCAUGUACU